AUGGCAAGAAACAAUAGCGUAUCGCGAGUGGCGUCGCGUAUGUCGAGACAAAGCGGGUCAUCGGGGUCGACCUCGAAGCUUCAAGAGGGAGAAGCAGCCCAGUCUGCUACUCCUAGUGAAGAAGACGCUGGUGAGACGGACGAGUUGACCUUCACACUCCCAGAACUGUCAAAAGAAGGCGACGAUACUGGACGGACGGUGCGGGAGACGUGGCCUACCGACCACGUUAUGCUGCUCUACAUGCUGUCGAGAUACGCUGUGUGUGCACGUACAAAAGAGGAUAAAGAGUCGUGGAUUCGUCAGAUCCCGUUGCUAGUUUUAAUGUACGAGGGUAUCGCUGCAGGAGCCUUGAACUUCGACUACGCACCUGCAGCUAUGGUCAUCGCACAAGAGGGAAGGCCUAAGCGCAUCUGGAUGAACACAACACAAGACGGUAAAUCCGCUAUUGACGAUCUACGAGAGGCUAACCUUAUUAACGGUUUAAAGCUCUCGACCAAGGAUUAUCACUCAGUGACGGCGUUCCAGGUUUCUCUGCGUGGACUUCAGUUGUUGUCUCAAGUUAGUAAGGAACUCAAGGCCAACGUCGAUGCCUUUAUCUUCGCUCCGAAACCUUAUCGUCGAGAACUCCUAAAAAUCCGAUACAUUCCGAUUCGAGACCCUCCAGAUGCCAAUACAACAAUAGAAGCAAACGUCCCUGCUUGGACGUUCACAAGGGGAAGUGAUAAACACCUCAUGGCUGGAGUAAGUGGGGAGAUCCAAAUUAAUGAAGAAGAACCCGAGUUUAACGAAGAAGCCCUUUCGUUCCACAAUGUGUACGCAGUCUAG